GAAGAAGAAGAGUCGGUCAGCUGAUUCAAGCUAGCAGAAAUUGAAAACUAGCAGACUGGCUUCCUCUAGAUCAGACACAGUUAAUGCAUGAACAGGAUUAUUGGGACUUAUUUUGAUAUUUUUAAAUCUCUGGGUGGAUAAAGGAGCAGCAGGAUGAAAGGUUUGUUCUGUCGAGCCGGAGUCAGCGAUGCCGAACCCAAGUUCGUUAUUCAGGAAACGACUCUCCCGGAUGUGCUGACCAGCCACCAGGUGAGAGUCCAGGUGAAGGCCUGUGGACUGAACCCGCUGGACCUGAAGCUGCUCAGCGACGUUGGGAUCCAGAGAGAUCUGAUUCCAGUCGGCAGAGAGGUGGCCGGGGUCGUCCGUCAAGUUGGUCCCAAGGUCACCUUCUUCCAGCCGGAGGAUGAAGUUGUAGGUAUCCUUCCUCUGGACUCCACCUGCUCUGGACUCUGUGAUUCUGUCGACAUUGACGAACACUAUUUAGUUCAGAAACCAGAGAAGCUCAGCUCGGUGUGUGUCGCAGCAGCGUUGCGUGACGGCCUCUGUGCGUACACCGCUCUGCACACUCACGCUCGCAUCGCCGCCGGACACACGCUGCUGGUGAUGGACGGAGGCAGCGCUUUCGGCCUCAUGUGCAUCCAGCUGGCUUGUUAUCACGGCGUGAAGGUCCUGACGACGUCACACUCGCCACAAAAACACACGUUUCUGGAGCAGCUCCGGCCCAGCGUUGGUGUUCAGGAACCUUUAGUCGCCAGAGUCAUUCCGGUUUAUAACGACUCGUCCGACCUGCUGUCGGUGGUUUUGGAGGAGACGGGAGGCCUGGGAGUGGACAUCGUCAUAGACUCUGGAGUCCGUCUGCAGGACGAAGAGGAGGACGAGGAGAAGAAACUACUUCCACACAAACACGACAUCAUCAGCGUCCUGGGGGUCGGAGGUCACUGGGUCACGUCGCACCAGGACCUGCAGCUGGAUCCUCCAGAUUGCAGAUUACUGCAUUUAAAAUCGGCCUCCGUCUCCUUCCUGAACCCUGAAGUCUGGACGGCUUCGUCAGCCCAGCAGGGGAGAUACCUCCAUAUUCUGAAGGAUAUUGUGGAGAAAAUGUCAACUGGAGUCCUCAGACCUCAGCCGGAGGAAGCGGUGCCUCUCUACGAAGCCACGGUUGCCAUGGAGACUGUCCAGCGUCACCCGAAGAAAAAGGCCGUUGUUCAGUUCAGCUCUGAUCUGAAAUAAUCACAUUCUGCCGAGACCCGCGGUUCAACCGGGUCGGCUCGUCCCGGACUUAAAGCGUCACAAUGGACAGUUGUUCUAACUCGCUGAAUUGUUCUGAGGGGACUGAAAGCUGUUUCCAAUGUUGAGUUAAAGCAGAAAAACACACCUUGAGCUCCUCAUUGUGAGUCUCCGGUCCGCCUGAGGGCUGAAAUACGAAGCGCAGUGAAUGCAUCAGCAGGGCUUUUGAGUUUGAACCAGAGUUUUCUAUCAGUAACAUUAAUCUCACUUUGAUUUGGUUCAAAAACUAAAUUUAAUUCCACCAAAAUGAACACAUUCAGUGUCAUGUUUAAUUGAAUGACAGUUCAGACUCUAUCGCAGUAAAAGCACUUUUUACUGAACUUGCAAAACAAACUUGAAGAAGAGCGCCUGGUUGCUGAUAACCAUCGUUAUCUCUGACUGGGAUUUGAGGUUUUGUUUAGCCAGCUAACACAAAGAAAGCCUGACUGUGCUUCGUAGUUCAGCUCUUCAGGUUUCUUUGACUGCAAACUGAAGGAACAAACAGUCAGCGUCCCUCUAACACAGACACUGGACCACAUUCAGACUCCAUGUUUCACGUCUACUCAUGACAUCAGGUGGCGUUCACACUAUGAAACUACAAACUGUUUAUUUCUCAGCAUUUCUUUGAGAACUCACUCAAUAAAAUCCACAUUUUUGUUAAAAAA